CGCCCGAGAAGCGGAAGAAAAGCCGGGCGGGCGGUGGGAGGGGGGAGGAGGAGGAAUCUCAAACCCUCGGAAAUUAUCACCGGGAGUCCCGUCAAAUACUCUGAAACCAGACAUGUGUGAAAAUCGCACCUGUUCUGUCGGUUAAUCACGCCGCUUCGAGUUUUCUAAGGAGGAAAAGAAAAACGUUCUUUUUUGGGAUCACGCGCACGGCUUUUUUUUGGAAAAAAAACGUAUUUUUUAAUCCUUUCCCCCUCCCUUUAAAUUCUUCAAUUCACGUUCCUCGUCAGUUUUUUUUAAAAUAUAUCUUGUGCGUGUGUGUGGACAGGAAGUGGAGGUUUCUGAAGAUUUUUUUUUGUCGCCUAUUUACCUGAGGAAGGCUCGUUAGUAUCGGAACAUGUCGGGUCAGUCGAUCACGGACCGGAUCACCGCGGCCCAGCACAGUGUCACCGGCUCGGCUGUUACCAAGGCGGCCUGUAAAGCCACUACACAUGAAGUGAUGGGCCCUAAGAAGAAGCACCUUGAUUAUUUAAUUCAGUGUACCAAUGAGAUGAACGUGAACAUACCACAAAUGGCAGAUACUCUGUUUGAAAGGGCAACAAACAGCAGCUGGGUUGUGGUGUUUAAAGCUUUAAUUACAACUCACCAUUUGAUGAUGUAUGGGAAUGAGCGUUUCAUCCAGUAUUUGGCUUCAAGAAACACAUUGUUCAACUUGAAUAACUUUUUGGAUAAAAGUGCCAUGCAAGGAUAUGACAUGUCUACUUUCAUCAGACGAUAUAGCAGAUAUCUUAAUGAAAAGGCACUCUCCUACAGACUAAUGGCAGUUGACUUCACCAAAAUGAAAAGAGGGAUGGAUGGAGUAAUGAGAACUAUGAAUACAGAGAAACUGCUUAAGACUCUGCCUCUAAUACAGAAUCAGCUUGAUGCACUCUUGGAUUUUGAUGCAAAUCCAAAUGAACUAACUAAUGGAGUAAUAAAUGCUGCCUUCAUGCUACUGUUCAAAGAUUCCAUCAGGCUUUUUGCAGCCUACAAUGAAGGGAUUAUCAACUUACUCGAGAAAUACUUCGAUAUGAAGAAAAACCAGUGCAAGGAGGCCCUGGACAUCUAUAAAAAGUUUUUGGCUAGAAUGACCAAGCUGUCUGAAUUCCUCAAAACUGCAGAGCAAGUUGGAAUUGAUCAGGGUGACAUUCCAGAUCUUACUCAGGCACCAAGCAGUCUGCUUGAAGCAUUGGAACAGCAUCUAGCUUCUCUAGAAGGAAAAAAGACAAAAGAAUUCUCUGCAGCAAACAGAGCAACUACUUUGUCAAAUGCAGUCUCCACUCUUUCCAACACAGGGAUGUCUUUGAGUAAAGUUGAUGAGCGGGAAAAACAAGCAGCUCUGGAAGAGGAACAGGCUAGGCUACAAGCUCUCAAGGCAAAGUGCGAUCCUACACCUGGAUUUCUGAUGCAGGAGCAGCGGCAUAAAGAAAUGUCUGUGCCACCCCAGCCAACAACAGCAUCCACAACUGUCUCUCCAAGCUCCACAUCAGGGAAAAGUAUCAGUACAACUGCAGCAGUUGACCUGUUCUCAGUACCCACACCAGCAACAAGUGCUAACAGUGCGCCUACCCUAUCCAACGAUAUCUUCAACCUGGAGUCAGCUUUUGUACCUACCGUACAGAGCACCCCAGCAAUAUCAACCUCAGUAGCUAAUGCAUGGGGAGACCCAUUUUCUGCCUCUGAUGGUUGCAUUGACUCUGUCUGUCGAUUGGACCUGUUUGAUAUGCAACCCGUUGAAGAUGUAGUAAAAACCACAGUCGCAUCUAGUGCUGCUUCAAAGCAGACAGAGGCCCACCUCUUUAGCGACGUAUUCAACUCUUUUCCUGAACCAAGUCCUGCUAUAUCUACAAAAGUUGAACACUUUCCUGAGGUAGACAUCUUUGCUGCAGAUUCUUUCACCUCAAAAGGACCUGCUUCUGUUCCUGAAAUUAUUCCUACCCAUGAUCCCUUUCUUGGAUUUGCUCCUCAACCAGCACCACAAAUGAUGGCUCCAUCAACGCUGAACGUAGACUUUGACUCUGUGUUUGGAUCCAAAACAGGUCUCGGUGAUGCCAAGAAUGCAAGUGGUUUUGACCAACCAGGUGAAAUACUGAUGCCACAGCCAACUCUCCUUGCCAAAAAUGAAGCAACACCGCCAAUGAUCCAGCAAAACAAUAAACUACUAGCAACUGACUUGGAUUCAUCCCUCGCCAAUCUUGUGGGCAAUUUGAAUUUUGGAGGAACCCCAAUGAAAAGAAUGGAUCAGCAGUGGACCCAGAGUGGGGAAAGGAAAUUGACAGGAGGAACAAACUGGCAGCCAAAGACCACUACAUCAACCUCCUGGAGUGCAGUGCCAAUGAAUGUCCCACCAAUGGUGCCCGCGCCAAUGUCGUUCCCAGUGUCAACAUCUCAAGUGCCUGUAUAUGGAAUGGUACCUGCAGUGGGAACACUGCCUGCGGUAACACAGCACCCAAUGAUGUAUCCUCAGCCUGUAAUGAGGGCAACUAACCCUUUUGCACCAGUUAAUGGGGCUCAGUUGCAGUUCAUGUAAAGACAGUGGAACUGCAUCAACACAAAGUUCAGUAAGCACCAAAUACCUGGAUGAAGGCAGAUGAAUGUAGACCAAGACUCGAGGCUUAUUCAUCAUUUUAAACUGUUAAUGAACCUACAUUAUAUUAAUAAUUCCCAAUCUAACUUUCCAGUCAAUUGCAAAAUCUAUUUUAUGUGGGGAAAUGCUGAGUAGAAUACAAUCCAAUCUGUCUUGAAUGGUCAUCGACCCACUGAACAGGCUUAAAUAGAGGUUGAUAUUUAUUGACCUGUUCAGUGCAAUUUCUUUCCUUCUCACUGCUGAACAUAACUGAAAUUACUCCUGAUCCUAACAGCAGGAAAAUGAAUUAAUGAUCAAGAGGUUACCAAUAAAUAUUAGCAAUUGAACUGAAAGCUAAAAAGGAAUUGCAAGCCAAGCCAAGUUCAGACAAAUUCUUAAACUGUUCAUAGAUCCUAUCCAAACUCUUGAGUUGGGUUUUAACCUGGAACUUGCUGCCAGAUAACUCUUUCAAUUCAAAACUUAUAAAAUGAAAGUUGCUACUGACAGUCCUGUUUACUUCCUGUUCCUUUUGACCAUUUUAGAAGGAUUUCAUUCUAUGAUAACUGGGUGCGUUGUGUUACAUGUUGUUGUCUGGCAGCAGUUAUUGGGUUACCAUAAUGCUUUGCUGUGCAGAAUGAGAGUCAUCAUUCACAAUGUGUGAAAAUAAAAAUUACAGUCAAAUUUGGAAACAAGGUUUAAUACAUAUGUUUUGGGGAUGUUUGUUUUGGACAAUUUUAAAUCAUGAAGCAGCUAACAUUUUUUAAAAGUUGCAGUCACCAAACUGUUUCAUUAUUAUGGAUUAGAUUGGAGAAAUUGACCAUUAUUGAAUUGGGGCAAGCUGGUUGAAGAAUGGUUAAGUGAAGCAUUUAAAUUCUGCUUGAACCACUGAAUGAUGGAUCUCAGAUAUAGUUUAAUUCGAAGGCCUGUUCUGAUUACAGUUAAAUUUUCCAUUAACAGCACAGAAAUAGGUUUAGCAUGAUCUGGGAGAGAUACAGUAGCUUUGCUUGCUAGCAACAAGUUGUAGGAUACUAUAUCUCUGAUGCAACUAGGAACAUCUGUUGAAUGCAGCAUGUGCAUAUGAAGCAAUUGAGCAUAAGUUAUUCAUCUAGUUUUGGGCGUGUGUACAUUUCCUCCAAAUAUCAGAUAUCAAAAAGGUUAAUGUUAUGACUUUAUUUAAUCAUGGUUUCUGUGAUGAAAGUCAAUUUCCUUUUUUGUACAUCCCACUAACUAAACUGAAAGAACUCAUGAUACCUGAACUUGUUUUCUACUGACUUCAGCUGUUAAGUUGUUAAUAAAAUUAAAGAUUUAAUUCUCAUGCCCUGACUUUUACUCCCCUACCCCCCAACUCCAAAUCAAGUUCUUGGUAAUAUUGCACAGUUGGACUAGCUAAGUUUGCAAAUAAUUUUUACUGUAGGUUUGGUUUUGAGACUGUUUUGCAAACCAAAUACAUUUCUAAUAGGACAAUUAAGCAAUGGUCAACAAGCACUGGAUAUGCAGAAAUGUUGUAUUGUGAGAGUUAACCCACCAAAGGCAGACCACAAAAGCACAGGUGCUGAUGUGGCAGCUAUGUAUUGUAUCAAAUUGCAUAAUAUGAAAAAAGUUAUAACCGUAGGAAGGAUGAGGUCAAAGCUAACAACGUGGAUGUUAAAUGCAAAUGAAUAUUGCAUCACACAAUAUAACAUAGUGCACUUUGAUAUUGAUCUGCAAGUUUCUGGGGAUGUAUUUAGUCUCAUUUUUAUAGGACACUUCUACCCAUUUUUUUAAAAUCCUGAUCAUUCUGUGAUGUAAUGAAUUUCAGAAGAACCUAUGGGUACCCUGUUUUACACUGUUCUAAGUACUGGGAUCAGCAAUUCAAUCAGCAGCUUUAAUGGGUGGCUAGUGAGUAACUAUGGGGAAAGUUAUCUUCUUUCACCCUUUCCCCAAAGAAUUGAAACAAUGACAACCAAUAAAUUUUCAACCACAUGCAUUUUGAAGUUUAUCUGUCCUUAGCGCUUAAUUACUUUUUCAAACUUGCAAUAAUAAUUUCGCUCCAAUUGCACUACUUGGUGCUUUACAUCUAAGAUGAAAAAUCUAUUCUGAAGACUGUUGAUAUAGGUUGGACUGUGAAUGUUAUAUAAAUUUCUGCCAACACAAUAUUGUCCAUAUGUAGCUGGUUACAAUUUCUAAAUAAAAAUCUGUUGAAAUAUGUGAAUUUUGGUGUACAUAUAGCACAGCUCUUCCUCUUUAACUUGCUACAGUAACCCAAGAAGAUUUGUACAAAUUUGUCUGUUUAAUUUAAAUUUUUUAAUGUUUUGACAAAUCAGAAAAACGACGUUUCUCCUUUACUAUUUAUUUUUAAGUAUCAUUUAAUGUCAGUUUUUCCCAUCUAAAUUAAAUAUUUUAUAACUUAAUUGCAGGCUCUGAAGCCUUUGCUCCAUAGGGGCAAUUAAAUAUCAUUGGGGCUAAUGAGUUUUGUUUGGUUUUGCCUAUAGUUCAUUUGUUGCUCCAGGAAUUUUCAUGGAAUUUUCUUUUCCAUCUUUUUGACACAGUUUAAAGUAGAUCUUCAGCUCAUUUUAAGGUGAGGUUUGGGAAAAGAGGGGAAACAGGACAAAAUGUACACUUGUUUUUGUGCCAAAAGCCUAUGUUUUCUCUGGAAUUUCAAAAUUUGAAGUAGAAUGUUUCAAAGUACCUUUUUUUAAAAAGAAAACAAGAGUUAGUUCCAGAAUUAAAAUUGAAAUCCACAUUAUUUAGCCACAGAGCACCCAUCAAAUAUUUCAAGCUUUGGACAGUAGCCUGAUUGUUACAUUUAGGCAGAUUUAUAAAAUGCCAAGAUUGCAAAAUAACUCAUUGUUUAGUACAGCACCUUGGGCUGAACUAGUUAUGCAGGGAAAUCAUCCUUUCUUAAAAAAAAUUAAGCUUCAAUAUUUUUGUUCUAAUGCAUUUGAAUAAUUCAAAAAGAUGGCAUUCAUGUAGAAAAAUGAGUUGUUCAAGUAUACCUGUUUUUAAUAGUGAAAUAAUUGUGUAUUGUUGCUUUCUUCCCUAGAUAGCUUUGAAAAAGUCAUUGAAUAAUUUUCAUGAUCAAUGAUACAGCUCAAAUUGAUGUGAACCACAGCCAGAAUCUUUUUAUUUAAAGAGAAGACUGUUGUAUGUUUGCUUCAUUUUUUUGCACUGAACUAACUAUUGGAAGAGGCAGAAGGAAAGAGAUGUGGUAGAGAAAAACAAAAUAAACAAGAGAAGGAAUACCCCUCAAUUGAGUCAAGUCUAUGUAUGUCAGGUACAAGAUAGGACUUGAUCUGUCAUAUUUUCUGUAAAGUGUACCUCAUGUUAUAGAAUGUACGGCAGUGACGGAGUCCCAGUUUACCUCGCCCUGUUGGAGUGUGGUGAAAUAUACCGUGAAAUAUACCUUGAAAUAGUUAGAAGAUCAACCUAUGGAGGCUGAGCUGCUCUGCAUCAUUAUAAUGUACAUUUAAAUUAAAAUAGUCAAUGUUAACGUGCAUAAAAGCAGAAAAUUCUGGAAGUACUCAGCGGGUCAUUUAGCAAGAAUGGAAUUUGCCAUAUUUUCAGACCUGAGGCUCUCCUACAGGCUUCAGAACUUCCCUUGUAGGGAGAGAAAUAUGAAUAGUUGGCUGCUCAAGCUUAAGAGCAAAAGAACUUGUACUUAUGCUCAGUAUUAUAUAAUCAAAGUUUGCACAAGUAAUUUAUUUUUUUAAAUGGUGGAUUUGAAUAAGUGGCAAAUUUUAGGAAUCUUCAUUUCCUGGUAAAAAGAAUGACAUUCCACAUGCCAUAGAGAUGCUAUUGCAAGACCCUUUUACUCCAUAACAUUCAGUAAAGCCUUACAAGUUGCUGGCAGCAUAGGCCAACAAAGCUUGUUUGAAUCCAGUUUCCUAUAUUGCCAUAGAUCAUAGCUCCUUCCUAUUUCCCUGCGCCACACCUUGGCUUAUUGUAUCUUGUGCUUUGACUUUGUGGCUUAGAGAUGUUAUAUUAAGUUGCAGUACACUAAGGCUCCUUUAGUACUGGUGUUCAGCCAUUUUUCUCAUCUGAUGCAGACCUUAAUGUUUUUAUCAAAUGUAAGUAAUCCUUUAUCAACCCAUUACAAGUUGGCCAAAUUUGAGCCACCAAGUAAUCUCUUAAGUGUAUACAAAUGUGCCAAUACAGUAAGCAGCCAACAGAGUAUGCUGUAGAACGUUGGUUUCCUUGCUACCUCCAAUAUGGAAUUCUAAUUGACUCGAUGAUACAAAGGUAACCUAGCAGCAAUAAUUUCUUCAAGUUUUGAUUUGCAUGGAAACUCCUUCACAAGCACUUGUUUGCAUAUAUUUUACAAAAAUAUUCCUUUUUAAAUUCUAGUAUAGUUAAAGCAAUUUGACUUGCUGCUACCAUUUUUGGUGAACCAAUACAAAUUUAAAAUGACUGAGGAAAUAUAUAAACCCUCUUAUACUUGUAAGAAUCUUGUUUCUUCAGAUUCCAGCCAUAUACUGUGUUUAGGAUGCUCCCCUCAGUGUAGUCUUCAAUCUUUAAAAAGUCUUCAUAACAAGUCAAUGACUUUUAAACAAGUAAAUACUGAAAACAUUUCCUUCACACUAUAAACUACCUUUUCCAUCAUUUAACAGGCUUGUUGCAUACGUUUAGUGCAUUAAUGCUUCACUUAAUAAAAAUCUUCCAACAUUUAUAUGUAUCACUGUGGUAACUGUGUGAGCACUGAAAUAAGUGGGGGGGGUGGGGGGGCAAUUACCCUAGAUUUUAGUGCAUUUAGAUGCGGGAGUUGAACUGAAUAAAUAAUUACAGCACUGUGGAUCGGUGCUUCUUUGUAAAUAAGUGCAGGAAUUUUCUUUCUGUUUUCGGUAGUUUGUGCUGUGAGGGGAACAAAAAUAACUAUCUCUGAAUUGCGACAAAUGAAAAUUACGCUGUUGUAUUGCAUUUUUGCAGAUUAUAUUUUUUGAGUAAUUGAAACCUGUAUAUGUUAUCAUUUAUACAUUUGCAGUAACUAGUAAACUUAGAAAAAACAGCAAGUUUCAUCAGGGUUGUAUUUGAUUCUGAAAUCAGUGUAUGGGCAAGUGCAUUAUUGCAUAAUAAAGGAAAUGUAUUAAA